AUGGAUGAUUUACAUAAAGGAGCCAACGGGCCAUCUAUUGUAGAUAAGCUUGAGGAUCUCCUUCGGGAACAGUUCAAUGAAAAGGAGCGCAAAUGGGAUGAGCAGGACAUCCGGCGGCACGAGCUGCGCAUGAAACACAAGGAAUGCAUUUUGAAGAGGCUGGAGCUUCAGCGUCGCGCAGGUCAGAUGUAUACUGCUGAACAGGUAGAACUAGCAACUGCUGCAGCAACAUCACAGCACAUGCUUCCCGCAAUUGUACGGCGCUCCCUUCGGAACGGAGAGUACGCCUACCACGGAAAGAAUUGUUCUGUGCAGGAGCUGCGCCACUGCAGCUGUAAGCUAAGCUCUCGCCUGCUUGACGAGGCACGAGAGUGCACUCACAAACCCGUUCCCUCCUGGGAAUUGAACAAACUUGCCCCCACAGGACACAGUCUUUCUAUGUCCCAACCACCCACAACGGGUAAAGGGCACACAACGCUUAACAUUGACGGACUCCCCGUUGAAGAAAGGUCUGUCAGUGGACCCAUUCUCAGAUCUCAGUCUAGGGCCGCAUUUACCACUCUCAUUUCAGCAAAAGAUAAACCAUUAGAAGCCAAAGAAAAUCACCCACUAAUUAAUAUGUCUCAAUAUAAUAACUCUAAGAUUGAUAUGCUUUCAGGACUAUCAAUGCAGCUUUUUAAUCCGGAUGAUAUGCGCCGCCUCCUUGAAACAGAAAAGCAAGACGGGACUGGGCGGCGCUUAGAAGAGAGCCUGCCUUUCAAAUCAACGUUAGAGGGAGGCGUUUUUAACUUAACUGGAACGCAAACUAGGAUCUCUCAUAGAUCUAGUAGUGCAAUUUCUCCAGACAGCCCCGUUAGAUCCAUGCCCAUUUCUUUCUUUGAUUCUUUACCACUUGUGCAGCCAUCUUCUCUUUCCGCGAGCUCCAAGGCUCCCUUGACCGCAUACUCAGAUCUAGAAUCUGUAAGUCCUAUUACUCAUACUGAUACUAUAAGCGAGUUGAACCCGAAGUCAGCUGGUGCCGAUACACAAUCUUUAUCUUUGCCAGCUCCCACUAUUUCCACAUUUACUUUUCAUGAGAAUCAUGAAUACUAUAAGAAUCCCUACUUGGUGACAUGUGCCCCUGUGUCAAAAGCUCUCUCUAUGCGUCACGUGGCAUCUAAGCCUACACAACUAGUCACUACAGAAUCCAUUAAUCUAAAAACGUCUGCUGCCGAACAGUCGCAUUUGCCAGAACUAAAAUUGGAAACGACCAUCUCACUUCCUCAAGUACUUCGCUGUAAUAGACUGGCACAAAAAGUAGAGCCUCUCGGGCUAGCAAAAAUAGAGCCGAUAGCCUUUGUAUCUGAUACCACUAACGUCUUGACAGAGGAGUUUCAGUACCCGUUUAAGCAUCCCAAAAGAGAUAAGCCACGCAGGGCGCGAGUGCAGUUUGCAGAACAGACACUCUUUAAGGUAGGGGCAAAUGAUGAUCGCAUAGCAGAAACGUAUGACUCUGACUCUGACGAUUACGUUAUGUGUUCUAAGCAAAAGAGCAGCUUGCAGCAUCGAUUGAUUAAUAGUACCGACAAUGAGAACGAAUCGCUAGAUAGCAAGAUGGAUUUUUCGGGAACGUCAUCGUGCAAGACAGUUGGCUCACAAUGCGGUCUCUUAGAUGACGUUUCGGUGAAUAUCUCCCUUAUACACAAGAGCGGCGGAGCUAGCCAAAAGAGGAGUGGUGCAGUCGAUAGCCCAUCUGCUCUAAUUAAAGAAUUCGAAGAGAAGCACUUUUUACAUAUGAGUGGUAAGGGCGCCAAUCUAUAG